AAAAAUAAUAAUAAUAAUAAGAAUGCUUGAGACAUUUCGAUCCUGAAGCAGAAAUUCUGGAAUUCGUCCAUCAGUGAACUCUCCCCUUAACAUGGAUGUAGAGGAAUUGAUGCUGAUAAAGGAAGAAGAUGAAGGAAGUAGUCAAGUUCGUCCUCAACUCAUGAAGCUAAAACGAAGCCAAUGGUGGCUUUUUGUCUUCAUUAGCAUCUUCUUCCUCAUCUCUGCUCAAGCCGUUGCUGUUCUUCUCGGUCGGUUUUAUUACAACGAAGGCGGAAACAGUAAAUGGAUCUCAACUCUUGUCCAAACGGUUGGCUUUCCGAUUCUGUAUCUCCCUCUUUGUCUCCUUCCUGCGUCACACUCAUCUUCUUCUUCUUGUUGCUUCAAGACUCUGUUUUGGAUCUAUCUUUCUCUUGGUCUCGCCAUUGGUUUGGACAAUCUAUUAUACUCUUACGGUCUUUUACUCCUCUCUGCUUCCGCUUAUUCGCUAAUUUGCGUCACACAGUUAGUUUUCAAUGCUAUCUUCUCUUGUUUCAUCAACUCUCAAAAAAUCAGUUUGUUGAUUGGAAUCUCAGUGAGCCUCCUUACUAUCUCUGCUGGAAUGAUUGCUCUUGACGAUGAUUCGGAAAGUCCAUCAGGAGGCUCAAAGUGGAGUUACCUAAUUGGGGUUUGGCUUACGCUUCUUGCUUCUCUCAUCUAUUCUCUUCAGCUCUCACUUAUGCAAUAUUCUUUCGAGGAGAUUAUCAAGAAAGAGACAUUUGGUAUGGUUAUCGAAAUGCAAAUCUACACGUCUCUUGUGGCCUCUAUAGUCUCAGUUAUCGGGCUUUUCGCAAGCGGGGAAUGGAAGAUGUUGACAACAGAGAUGGAAGAGUUUCACAAGGGUCAAGUCAUGUAUGUUUUGACUUUGGUCGGAACAGCAAUUUCAUGGCAAUUGGGUUCUGUAGGAGCCGUGGCGCUCAUAUUUCUGGUGUCUUCGCUGUUUUCGAACCUGAUCGGUACGCUCUCUCUGGUUGUUACGCCUCUUGCAGCUAUUUUGGUGUUCCACGACAAGCUGACUGAAGGUAAGAUUGUUGCAAUGCUCAUGGCGUUCCUGGGAGUCGCUUUGUAUAUGUACCAGAACUAUCUUGAUGACUUGAAAGUACAAAGCUCACGAGAAACUCAGGCUCAUUGAUUCUUCAUGGUGUUCUAUCAACUUGAAAGUACAAAGCUCACAAGAAACUCAGGCUGAUUGAUUCUUCUUGGUGUUCUAUCAGCCAUGAUUGAUACAGCAAGACCGCACAUCUUCAGUUCAGUAUUGAUAUAUGUUGUGUAGUUGUACUAUCUUCUCAAUUGUUGUGAUCAAAUCUAUCAAAUCUGAAGUAGUGAUUCGACUAAUUAUGCAGAGAACAGUAGUCUAAUCUGAAUAUCAAUAUGUAAUCAACGUUACAAG